GUUAAAACUGAGAUUGUGUUGGCACAAUCUCAAGAAGAAAACAGAAAGAUUACGCUGCUCACCCAGACUCCCGAGUCCAUCUCAACUGAAAUUUAAUUUAAAACACUGACCAUGGCUAAUAUUUACUUUUUAUGAGAGUGGGCAGUCAAACAAACAAGUUCCUUACAUGUAUAUUAGGCAGGUGCAUUGAGAACAGUUCAGUUUCUGGCACAAUGAAUCCUCUAAGUUUCCUCGUUGUCGGGAUGCUGCUGGUUAGCACCUGGUCUCUUCCUGUCACAAGUUUUCCACUGCCAACAGUUUCUUGUAAUGACACCGACGUGGAAGGUGCUGCUGCUUUAGCUUUGCAGAGUAUUAACAAAGAACAAGAAGAAGGCAACGUUCUUAGCCUAUUCCGCAUUAAUGCUGCCCAAAAGCAGCGCCGGGGAAGGGGGACUGUCUUCUACCUUACCUUUAAUGUUCUAGACACAGAAUGCCACGUCCUUAGCAGGAAGGAUUAUGAAGAAUGUGAAGUCAGAUAUUUACAUGAAGCAGUUUAUGGAGUUUGCAAAGCCGUCAUAUAUGUUAGCCAAAGAAGUGGUGGUAAGCUGCUCACCUAUAACUGUACUUUAAGUCCAGUUGCAAGAAAAGAGAUUGCUUUGGUUUGUCCAGAUUGUCCACCUGGUGACUCCUUAGACAAGCCAAUAUAUGCUGAAAUUGCAAAACUGUCCCUUUCAAAGUACAACCAGGAAAGCAACAACAGUAAAAUAUUUGCCGUUAAAAACAUCACAAGGGCUUCUAUGCAGUCUGAGUUUGGAACUGCUUAUUAUGUGGAGUUCACUGUCUAUCAGACGGGGUGUACCAAGGAUAACCUUCUUGAAAAUGGCGCCUGUGAGACUGUUGACCUAGUUACACGCUAUGGUUACUGCAAGGGUUCAAAAAUUUCAACUGCCGAAGACCCAAUUGGUCCUGCGUCGUGUACAAUUUAUGAACCACAGGACCAAUGGAAACAUGAUCACAGAUGUACACAUUCACUUAAGUGGAAGUGUAGAAAAGGGCAUGGACAAGAACGUGGUCACAGAUGUGCCCAUGAUCACUCACAUGAGCAUGGACAAGAACGUGGUCACAAAUGUGCCCAUGAUCACUCACAUGAGCAUGGACAUAAACGUGGUCACAGAUGUGCCCAUGACCACUCACAUGAGCAUGGACAGGAACGUGGUCACAGAUGUACCCAUGGUCACUCACAUGGUCACAGAUGUACCCAUGGUCACUCACAUGGUCACAGAUGUACCCAUGGUUACUCACAUGGGCAUGGAUUGAGCCAUGGAUGUGAUGUGGGACUCGUUGAGGAAAGCAGCCAUGAUCAUCGUAAUGACUCUUCGGAGGGGAAUUACUUUCAUGCCCAAUGUAGAUGCACAGUAGGAUCUGUGGUUAUUCUUCCUCAGAGUAUUAACCAGGUGGAUCUUCCAGAUCCUGUUCUCAGUAUCCCUGAAAUCAGCUGGAUCCCCAGUGCUUUCAUACUUCCAUUCCCUGAUAAAUCUUCUCCAGGAUGCCCUGCAGAACCAAAGCUUCCACAGCUAUGGGUUCUAGAUCUAUUAAAACCUAUCAAAUAAUAAUGUUACCCCCCCCCCCCCACCCCUUAUGCCAAACCAUAGUUGUAAUUUUUAAUUAAAUGUUAUUGGCACAGGUUGAAAGAUAAAUAUUAGAAAAUUGCUAUAAUUAUUAAUAUUGGGAAUAGUCAUCUGAUUUAAAACCUACAAUGGGCUUAUUAAACUAUUUGCAUCAAUUGUCUUCAAAAUAAAAUAAAAAAAAAAUAACA